CGGGGGAAAGCCCAGGACCGGAACCCGGACCAGGACCGGGACCGGAGGAAGGUCCAGAACCGGGACCAGAAUCAGGACCGGGACCAGGACCGGGGGAAGAACCAGGACCAGGACCGUGACCAGGACUGGGGCAAGGACCAGGACCGGGAUCGGGACCGGGGGAGGGCCCAGGACCGGGGCCGGAGGAAGGCCCAGAACCGGGACCAGAACCGGGACCAGAACCAGGACCAGGACGAGGACCAGGACCGGGGGAAGAACCAGGACCGGGACCGGGACUAAGACCGGGGGAAGAACGAGGACCAGGACUAGGACCGGGGGAAGGAUCAGGACCAGGACUGGGGGAAGGAUCGGGACGAGGACGAAGACGAGGAGCGGGGUCGGGAGGAAGAGCGGUCCCGGAGCGGCUGUCCCAGGCCGACGCCAAACUCUGUCCUCUGACCACUUGGGCUUGCUCUUCCAUUCGGCCAAGAUGAGGAGGAAGUGGAAGAUAGAAGACGUCAGGUUCGUCUUUUCCUGUUUGCUCUUUCUCCUCUUCAUUGAUGGCAGUGCAUUGGAGCAAGGGAAACCCUCGGAGACGUACUGUGUAUUUCAAGACAAGAAGUACCGGGCAGGAGAGAGAUGGCACCCUUACUUGGAACCUUAUGGGUUGGUUUACUGUGUAAACUGCCUUUGCUCAGAGAACGGGAACGUGUUCUGCAGCCGCAUCCGAUGCCCGAUUGUCCACUGCCCCAUGCCCGUUCACAUCCCGCAGCUGUGUUGCCCCCGGUGUCCAGAGGAGUCGCUGUCUCCGGUGAGCACUAAGACGACAGGAAAGUCCUGCGAGUACAACGGCACCACUUACCACCACGGGGAGAUGUUCGUCGCUGAAGGGCUUUUUCAAAACCGGCACGCCAACCAGUGUGCCCAGUGCAGCUGUUCGGAGGGGAAUGUGUACUGUGGUCUGAAGACUUGCCCGAAGCUCAGCUGUGCCUUUCCCGUCUCGGUUCCCGAUUCCUGCUGCCGAGUGUGCCGAGGGGAUGGAGAAUUGUCAUGGGAACAUUCUGAUGGGGAUGUCUUCCGCCAGCCAGCCAACAGAGAAGCAAGGCACUCUUAUCACCGCUCUCACUAUGACCCUCCGCCCAGCUCCAGCAGGCAGACGGCCAGCGGGUCCCGUUUCCCCGGGGCCAGGAAUAACCGGGGAGCCCUGCCCGACCCCCAACAAGCAUCGGGGACCAUCGUGCAGAUCGUCAUCAACAACAAGCACAAGCACGGACGAGUUUGCGUUUCAAAUGGAAAGACCUAUUCCCACGGUGAAUCUUGGCACCCGACUCUCCGGGCUUUUGGCGUCAUGGAGUGUGUGUUGUGCACCUGUAACAUCACCAAGCAGGAGUGUAAGAAGAUCCACUGCCCCGACCGGCCCCCCUGCAGAUACCCCCAGAAAAUCGACGGGAAAUGCUGCAAAGUGUGUCCAGAGGAAGUACCUGGCCAGGGCUUCGACGACAGAGACUACUUCUGCGGGGAAGAGACACUGCCCGUAUAUGAGUCAGUGUUUAUGGAGAACGGGGAAACCGUCAGAAAAAUAGCCCUGGAGACCGAGAAGCCUCCUCAAAUUGAGCUCCAUGUGUGGACCAUUCGAAAAGGUGUCCUGCACCACUUCUCUAUGGAGAAAAUUUCCAAGAAGGCAUUCGAGGGGCUCCGCUCCUUCAAGCUCAUCACCAGGACCACUCUGAGCCAAUGGAAAAUAUUCACCGAGGGAGAAGCUCAGAUCAGCCAGAUGUGUGAAAGUCGUGUGUGUAGGACAGAGCUUGAAGACUUGGUAAAGGUUUUGUACCUGGAGAGGCCUGAGAAAGGACACUGUUAGGGAGCUGAAAUGGAUGGGAGCGGGGAUAUGGGGUGGGGAGGGGGUGGGAAGGGGCUGGAGAAAAAGCAAGAAAACUUACAGAAACUCAGAUCUGCAGCUGGCCUGCAGGCUUAUUUUGCUUAAGUCAACAGUGCCCUAAAAACCCAAACUAUAACGCCAUAAUUAUUCACAUCAUGCACAGCAUAACUUGCUGCUUUGUGUGUAGUGGUCCGCUGUCAGCCCAUUAAACAGCUCUUCAGAAGUCUGGGAAGUUCUAGGGAAGAAAAACCGCCAGUGCUACACACUUCUCUAGUUCCUUGUAGAAUCCUGUUCCCUUACAGGUUAAGAACCGACUAAAGGCCAGAAUGAUUUCACCCCAAAAGUGAUUCAGAUGAAAGACAUAAUGGACACCCGAUCAGGACUCGACAUGCAGUGUGUGGGUUAAACCUCAAUGUUCUGGGGUCAUUACAGAUAAAUAAGAUUCCAGCGCAGGACAAUUUCCCCUUCUUCCCCCACUGACCACAGCAAUGCCAUCUCCGGCUAAAAUUGAGACAUUGAGCCUCUCGUGGACUUGCCCUCCUGGAUGUAUUGCACAGGAACCCAGAGCCAAGGCUGAGACCCUCUAGUUUUUGGCAAACACAAUUGGCAUGCCAGAAAAGUGGCGCUCACUUGAAAUGGGCUUGUCACCCUGAUAAAAAUAAUAAUUAUGGUGUUGGUUAAGUGAUUACUACGUGCCAGGCACUGUACUAAGCGCUGGAGUGGAUACAAGCAAAUCGGGUUGGACACAGUCCCGGUCCCACAUGGGGCUCACAGUCGCAGUCACUCUUGAAGGAUGACAAAUCAAUAUUCAGGGGGGUCUCCUCUGAGGGCUGGCAGAGCCCCAUGUGUGAAAGCUAGUCUUUUCCAAAUCAGGUUUCAGGAGGCCACGAGAGGGCAAUUCCUCUUGCUUUUCCCACUGAUGUUUAUUUGGGGAGGUGGCAACAUAGUUUACCUGUGUCCUGUCACAAGGAUGUGGCGAUUCCUGGGGCUCCUGAAUGAAUGAUGGACUUGGGAGAGUCAGCCCCCACUGCCCAGAAGAGUGACAAACUUCUCACCUUGCACAAAAGUCCCAAAUUCCCUCCCCUGGCCUAUCUAGCAUCUUUUGGGCUCCCUCCUGGAAUUGCUCUUGAGGAGCCCUCAAGGACGGGGGCCCUACCACCUAACCAUAUGCCUGGAAUAAUCCCGGACUAGUUCCCAACUUCUCAGGAAGUGAAGUUCCCAGAUGGAUGGCAGGAUGCAGGAGGUGUCCGUCAUUUGCUGUUCUGAUCCUGAUCUAAGGGCUGGACUCUCCUCCUUUCUAAAAGAUCGGUGAGACUUGCCCUGGGUUUAGCUGGAGGGCACAGAACUGGAAUGGGAAAGGCGGAAGAGGGCUCCAAGGAUAGGUCUCAGCCUGCACCCAGCCCGGGAGAGACCUAUCCACAGUGCAGAAUCCAGCUGGUCCACUAGAUGUCCAGCUCUGCUGCCUCUUAAAGCCCGGCUCUGGGAUGUAGAGAAACUGCCCCAGCAUGAUGAGAAGCAACAAUCACCAGUACAAGCCAAACCCCCAGAGCUCUGAAGAUUCUCUGUCCUCUUCUCCCAGGGACAACCCCAACUAUAGACUCUAUAAUCUAUGAGAAAAUCUUAGGUGAAUAGACCAGGUGGGUCCCAAAGAGAAAUUUGACUCAGUCAGUUAAAGAAUAACAAUCGUCCAUUGGAGUCAGGCCCUGCUCCUGAUAUAGCUUAACAGAGCCAACUUGCAAGCAUCUAACUGCCAAAAAGAUGCCAUGCAAAGUCCAGAGGAGAUGAGGCAGCCGUCUCUUUAGCUCCCUUUAUUUUUUUUUUCCAUUUCAAAUCCAGUGGCUUGUAUGGGGCUUGCCCUGUGGAUGCCUCCAACAGAGGCUGUGGUCAAGUUUAGUUUUCUAUGAGGAAGGCACCCCAGAAAGCCACGUGCCAAAAAUACAUCCUACCCCACCCCUGGACGUGGGCAUGCUCCAAAAGCCUGGUAGGGAGAGUCCAUUUGAGGCAAAUGCUUAGGAAGAGCCUCCACUAUGUGAGGCAUCAUAAAAGGCAAGUACCUGAAAGUAUUCAUUCUUUCAUUCAACAUAUUUAUUGAGCCCUUACAGUGUGCAGAGCACUGUACUAACAAUAAACAUUCCCUGCCAACAAACGUUCCCUGCCCACAACAAGCUUACAGUCUAGAGUGGGGGCAGAAAGAAUCCGGCCCCUCGGCUCAUUUCCAAACACUUUGGAUCCUGGUUUCCCUCUCCCGGGAUCUUAACGAGAAGCAAAAUUUGGAUGUCACCCCUUUAAUGGCUUAGGUUUCAGAAAAACCUGUCUUCCUAACCUGCCUCAAAGUCUGCCUCAGAGAACUGUUUGGUGGACUCUAUCUGCCACUGGUGUCGGCAGGGGCCGGGGGAAAGACAAGGGUCAGAGAGGCCCUCUGAGUCUGUACCCGACUUCGAAACACGCUUGCUAAAACACCCAGGCAUUUCAUGAAAGCCCUCCAGCAGGAUAAGGGGAGAGCUUGAGCCUUAGCGGAUAUAGGCUGACAACUCCUAGACAUCUCCCCCUGUCCUGCCUGAAGGAGCCCUGGGGACCAAGAGCUAACGAUCAGAGAAGAUGCAUCGUCAUGUGGCAACUGUAUAGUGUUUGUGUCAUUUAGCGGGCGGGGAAUUGGAGAGAAAGGUAAACUGACCUUGGUGUGUGCCGCAGGAUGGAUGUGGUUCUUAUUGUGUAUUUAUUUGUACGAGAAACACUUUGGACGGCAAAACCGAAGACAUCAUUUAGCAGUUGCAGUUCUGCCUUUUUACAUUUGAGCCACUUAAACUAAGAAAUGCAAUAUUACCUUUUCACUCUGCUCACAGGACAUGUGCCUAAAUAUGGUACUUAUUUAUGUACUUACUCUAUUCCAUGGUUUUCUAAAUUAAUAAACUCAAGUUGGUUAAAAAGAAAAA